AUGGCACUUCCUGCAAAGGACCCUGCCACCUUCUCGAGGAAUUAUUUCCUCUGUAGCUUUCCUGUGUUUCGAGUUUGCCUCAGUGUAGUUCUGGUCAUCAUUGGCAUGGCUACCGUGGCACGCGUUUGUGAAGACAACUUCGUGAAUCACUUUUUCAUCUUGACCAUCGAUCCGCGAUGUCGAGUUAGUCCAAACUUCUUGUUCACGUGGGCCAUGCUGUUGAGCUCGGCGUGGAUUCUUAUCUUCGGCAUGUACGUCGUUGACUACAAGUGGAUGGUGAUUCCUCUUGUCUGGUCUUCCUCCACCAUGUUGGAGCGUGCGUCAUGGCACUAUGUCCUAUACCCUGUGGUGCUGGUAGGCGUCUCCUUCCUGCUCCUUGUGCAGCCUUCGUCUAUUUGCAGAUUUCGUUAUAAGGCGCAGCUUCUGCGUGGUAUCGGGAGAACAUGCAUCGCCCCGCUCUGUGCUGUCAGCUUCUGCGACAACAUGAUCGGUGAUGUGCUCACAAGCCUGGCGAAGCCUUUGCGGGAUGUGCCGGCCGCUGUCUGCUACCUCAGCUCACAUCACCCACAGCUGCAGUCUUCCAUGAACCUCUUCAUCAAGAAUGGGAGUACCUGCCCAUCCUGGGAAGCCUGCUACAUACAGCCGCUCAUUGGAGGGGCUCCCUUCUGGUUCCGGCUGCUUCAGUGCGCCCGCCGGUAUCACGACACUCGCCAACGCCGCCACUUGCUGAAUCUUGGGAAGUAUGCCGCAAGUCUUCUAGUUGUCUUUGUGAGCAGGCCAGGACACCAGAAGUGGGUCGUCAUUCUUGUUUCAGCGGUGGCAACAGUAUAUGCAGCGAUCUGGGACGUCUCCAUGGACUGGGGCCUCGGUUUCCGGGAGAUCUUCUGUGGAGGCCUCAACGACUGUCAGGAUGAUGUGCGGGGGCUGCGCAGUCCUCAGACAGGAGAAACCUUCGACUCGCCCCGCUCUUGGCGUGGCUCCACAGCAGUGGACUUAGCUGCAGCGCCAAGAGGUCCGCCACAGCGACACUUCUCACAGAAUCUGUAUUAUGUUGCCAUCAUGAUGGACAUCCUCUUGCGCCUGACAUGGGUCUUGACAUUGAUGCCUGUGUCGCUUCUGACGGAGGACAUCGUCAUUCGCGAGAUACUGCACUGUUUCAUGACGGUUGCGGAGAUAUUUCGGCGGACAUUCUGGGCCAUCCUGCGCAUCGAGUACGAACAGGUGGCCAAUGCCAGUGGUUAUCGAGCCCUUCUUUGGGUCCCAAUGAAGGUAGCGCAGAACGCCGGUGAUACAGAGGUCCGGUCCACGACCACCAGGAGGAGCACCUUUGCACAACGCCUGUUAAACUAG